CACCAGUCGGCAAGUCGGCAGCCAUCACUCACACUUUAUCUCUUUCAUCACAGCAUUCCCCAUCGCACGCGAGCCACGACACGAGACGCACCCUCGACGCCUAAACCCACACUUAAGCACACACCGCAUACGCCGCGCCAACCUAACCCUUGCCUUCCCUUCUUGAUCGGCGACAUCACGCGCCGCCGCCCACCGGCACUCACCACCCACCACACCACCACCUUCCACCACCACCCACCUUCCCAACCUCAAGUCAGGCGGGCGCCCGCCGCGCACCUGCCAUGACGUCGCCGCACGCCCUCCAGAGCCGGCUUCACGACCUGCUGCUAUACGGGCACCGGGACGCCGAGAACCCCGAGCUCUCGCCCCAGCAGCGCGCGACAGUCACACGCCAGCUCUACCACUGCAUCCUCAACCGCCCAGAAUGGGUCGCGUGCUUCCUCGGUGACGGGGACAGCAUACCCAACGGCUCGGGCAACGACUCGCCCACACACAACCACGACCCCGCGGCUCCCGCCACCCCGUCCGGUUCCCGCCCCGCCGCACCUCUCACGCUCCCAGCCUGGGACAGUCUCAGCGACUGGCUCGUACCUGGAACAGAACAGUUUGGACCAGAACGUACAUGGUCGCUGCUCGACGUGCAGCAAACUGCCGAGGAGCGCCGCCGUCGUGCAGGCAAGCCAUCGCGCCAGCCAAAGCCUGGUGCAGUGUGCGGCAAGGUCCUGCAGCGGUAUGACAGGACAUAUAUCUGCAAGACAUGUGCAAACGACUCCUCGUGUAUUCUUUGUGUUGACUGCUUCAACGCCGGCAACCACGAGGGCCACGAAGUGCUCUUUGGCCUGUCGUACACCUUUGCGACGGUGUGCGACUGUGGUGAUUCAUCCGCAUGGAAGAAUAAUGGCCACCUUGGGUGUGCUCAUCACCCACCGGUUCCCGAGGGCCAUGAACCACCACAACCCCAGGGCCAAGUCCCGCAGGCGCUGUGUCAAGCGCUCUACGAUACCAUCGUCACCGUUCUUGAAUUCAUCAUAGAGGUUAUCCAGCAUUCACCACUACCAAGCGAGUUUGGCAAACUCCCAUCGACCCGAGAAGAAAUGAAGGCCGACACUGGACCAUCUGGCGAGCCAGCAGAUAGGCGAGGACGCGGCCCAUGGGCUGUCACCGCCUGGGCAGACGACAAGCAUGUCCUGCGUGAGGUGACGCGACAGUUCCGGGACGCCCUCGGCGUCACCUGGGACACGGCUGACCGGUACGCGAAGGAGAUGGACGAGGUUGGACGCAAGGUCCUCAUCGUGACUCACCUCGACACUGUCGCGUUCCACACUGCGUCAAUGCUGCAGCAGAUCGACAUCGGCGUAACACUGCGCAACGCCGCCGACGUGUACAAGGAGGAGCUGGUCGGCCUGCUGUUGCAAUGGCUGAGCGAGAUGUGCAAGGUCACCAUCUGCGGCGAAGAGGACCUCGUUCGACGAUACGUCGCCAUGGCCCUCUUCCAGCCAAGGUCAUCCAAGCCAGACGCCGACCCGCCAACAUCCAAGGACCUGACGGACCUUCACUCCUGGAUGGCGACUGACGAAGUGCCAAAGCGGUUCGACUGGCUCAUGCGUCUUGACGUCCGACUAUGGAGGAAAGCAAAGUGGCAGCUGCGAGAGAUCUACUCUGGCAUCUUUGUGCUUGACUGGAAAAUCAAGCGCGAAUUUGCGACCCGCUACAGCAUCAACUAUGGCCACACGUUUGAGCACUACCUCUACCAGGACCGCGACGACUCGAGCCUGGCCUUCAGCAUGUCAUACAUGCUACUGGGUAGAAGUGCCGCCUGUGGUGAGGCGAUCGCCGAGAGCAACCUCUUCCGGUCCGUCCUCGAAACGGCAUUUGGCUACUAUGCCCUGCGAACAGGAGACCCGCCUUCACAGGUCAACCGCUUCGACGUCGAGACUCCUGCCUUUAGGGGCAAGAAGGGCCUGACUCUUCUGAGCCAUCUUCGAGCCCUCCUCAAAUACAAGGAAGUCAAGGCACAGCUCGUCGCAGACCACGACCUUUUCCAGCGCACCCUCUCUUUCCUCAACCACUUUGUCGGCCUCCAGAGCCAGAGGAGAGAACUGGACCGCCACGUCGAGUAUGAGAUCGACUGGGUCAAGUCCAUUUCCGUCCUCCCCGAUCUGUCCAAACUCGCGCGCGAGUUUGGCGAGUCGUUCCAAAACGCCAGCCCGCAGGAGCUCGUCGAGGCCAUGAUGCACGUUGCCAAGCGCAUCGUCUACGACAUGAACCUCGAAUCUUCAACCCUAGACCCUAAUCUCUACUCCCCCUUGGAACUCCACCACGUCGACAAUGUCUUGGCGCCAGGCUCCUCCUACACCCUCUACGCACAGGACAUCACCCGCAUCACCGGCUUCUCCUUCCACCACUACAUGCACGUCCUCUUUGCCGAGAUGCUCAAGUCGCUCUCAGCGCGGUUCCCCAACCAGUCGCUCAGCGACAUUGUCUCGCACCAGAUCCUUCGCACAACCAACCCUACCGCACCCCUCUUGCUCAUCGAGUGGCCCUUGCAAAAACACGUCGUUCUCGCCCAAAUCCGCUUAGGCAUGUGGGCCAAGAACGGUGCUGCCAUGCGACACCAGUACCACCACUACCGUGACCUUGCCCUUCGCGAGUUUACCAUCGACCAAGAGUUCUUCCUCCUCCAGUUUGGUCUCUGCACACUGGACCAGCAAAUGUUUAUCACCGCGUUGAUUGACCGUUUCGGGCUGGCCAACUUCUUCCGCCAGGGAGUCAUGUCGCCCGAGGUGUGGGACAACGACUUGGACCCACGAGACAGUGUCGCCCUCUACGAGGAGCUGCUGCUGCUCAUCAUCUACCUCGUGUCCGACACGGCUGUUGUCAACGGCUGGAAGCCCGAGGUUGUCUCCCGGCGCCACAUCAUCCACAUCCUGGCCCUUGGUCCCCUGUCGUACUCGGACAUUGUACGCAAGCUCCCAGAGCGAUCCCAUGAGCGUGGCAGCCUCGUGCCAAUCCUUGAGAGUAUUGCCGACUUCCGCCCGCCGACGGAUACUGCCACGGGCACAUACGCCCUCAAGCCGGCCUUGUACACCGAGGUCGACCCGUACUGGCGGCAGUACAGCAGGAACGAGCAGCGCGAUGCCGCCGAGAUGCUCAUCACUCGGGCCAAGAAGGACAACCCUAGCGCGACACCGGUGAUCAAGCCUCUACCCAUUGUUGUCCCUCCCAGGCCCAUGCCCUUCUCCAACCUCGCCGACUUCCUCGCCUCGCCCAUCAUCUCUGCACUUGUCCACUGGACGCUGGCUCACUGUCAGCUCAUGACUCAGCCCGCCGACUGGCCUGGUCUCCACACGCCAAGCGGCGCGCCAUCCGGCCACACCAUGCCGUCGAUGGACGCCUUGCUCAAUCUUGCGCUCCACCUGGCCAUGAUGGCGCUUGACGCGGAUGCCGACGGCUUUGCCCAGCGCUCGGUCGACAUUAUCGACAGCAGCGGGUCUAUGAGCAUGUUCCAGAACUUGUGGUUCAUGCAGACUAACGCGCCGUUUGAGCCGUUCCGCCCAAGGGUCGACUACAUCCUCGACAAGAUCGUUGCGCACCUGCCCGAGCACUACACGGCUGAGUAUCGCGCUCAGCGUGAUGCCCGCCUCGCUGCAAUUGAAGAGGACAAGAAGCCGGCGAGUGAUGCAAAGUCACAAGCCCUCGCUCGUCAAGCUGCGCUCAAGGCCAAGUUUGCUCAGCAACAGGCGUCAUUCGCCACAUCGCUCCUUGAUGACGAAGAGCUCGACGAGGAUGACAAGGAAGAGCCAGUGUCCUAUGGCUCGUGUAUCGUGUGCCAGGAAUCUGUCCACCCGGGCCGCACAGGUGGCAUGCUUGCCUUCCUCCAGCCCAGUCGCAUCGUCCGCGACGCCGUUACCGACCGCGACUGGUUCGAAGAAGUCCUCCUCGCCCCCUCGGAUCUCGACCGCGACACGAGGUAUCUCCGCUACGGCAUGGGCACCACUGGCGAGCCAGUCAACACCGACGCCUAUCCUUCCAACAACCUCCGUUUCGGUGUCUACGUCUCGGCGUGCAACCACCUCAUGCACGACUCGUGCAUCUACUCUUACAAUGAGUUGACACGGACACGACAGGUGGCCCAGGUCCAACGCCACCAGCCAGAGAACUCGAUGCGCCACGAGUACAUGUGCCCGCUGUGCAAGUCGAUUGGCAACGUUCUCAUCCCCUUGGACCCCACCGCGGCUGUACUACGGCCCAUGCCCAAGUCCAAGGUGGCGCCAGGGCUGCCGCCGACGUUGAGCGAGCGCAUCCGGUCAGUAUCAGAAGAGGGUCUCCUCCGGGUCAGCGACAGUGCCAAGAUCUGGGACUACCACGUCGAGACGGGCGAGCUCGUGCCAUGGUUCACCGACUGCGACUUUAUCCGCCACGCGCUUGACCCGCAGUACCGCAAGAGCCACAAGAGUGUCCACCGCAUGGUCGACCGCAUCCGCUCGCUCACGAGGCCGCUCUCGGAGCAGAGCCAGAGAAUCCGCGGCAAGAAGACGCACAUGUAUCUUGCCGACGACAUGGUCGGGUACACAGUCUCGGUGUGUGAGAUCACCCACCGUGGUAUCGCCACGCCAGGAGUCACGGUCGCCGAGCAGGUCCCCGAGACAGGCCUGAAGCUCAUCAAGCACUUGAUCGGCACCCUACAGCUCGAGCUCGACCUGUUCUUCGGCACCAAGAUGGACCGCACCCCCCUGCGCGUGGGCCUGUUUGCGCGCUUCCUUCCCGACUGGUACCGCUCGGCUACCCUCCCGUCGCCUCUCCUCUUCAGAUUACCCCUCGGCAUGGUUGUCGAGGCUGCGGCGAUCGCACCAGACCUUCUCCACGCUGUCAUCGUCAUGUCGUACUACGCCGAACUGACGAGGACAAUGCUGGGUUUGUCCGUCUACAUCAGGAGAUCCCUGGCUCCCCGCGGUGUGCCAUCUCGCCGCUCGGUGCCGCCCAAGGACGCGAGCCUGACCGACGCGUUGUCCGUGUUUGCCAACUUCCGGCCGUUGAUGAUCUCGGUCCUGCGCAACGCCGGACCGUUCAUCGACAUCGAGUCGGUUCUUUCGCUUGUCACGGACGAGAUGCUCGCCAAGGUGCUCUACUCGUUCACCUUGCCAUUCCUCCGCCGCGCGGCGAUCCUCUACUACGCGGUCAACGACUCAUACCCUGUCACCAACCCCGACUACAUUGUGUCGACCGGGUCAGAGUACAACCGACUCUUGUCGGUCCUCGGCAUCCCCCGCCCGCGCGAGACGCUCGCCAACCCGCAGUCGACGGAGACGCCCAUUGUCGCGCGCUGGCUCACGCAGUGGGCAAUGCAGGGCCGUAUCCUGCCACCGCUCGAGUACCCGGGCACCUACGAGCUUGCUCGCCUGCCCGAGGCGUACGAAGUCGCUGCAAUCAAGUUUGCCGGCCGGCGUUGCGACCACUGUGGUGUGCGCCCGAGCUUCCCAGCCAUCUGCCUCUUCUGCGGCAAGCUUGUUUGUCUCGCGGGCGACUGCUGCUCGGAGGGCGAGCAGGGCGAGUGCAACCUGCACAUGCGCGAGUGUGGCGGCGUUGUGGGCAUGUUUGCGGACAUUAAGCGCUGGGUCAUUGUCUACCUGUUCGCUGGAAGCGGUAGCUUUGGCCCCAUGCCUUACCUGGACCAGUUUGGAGAGCUGGAGACGUCGCUGCGCCGAGGGCACCGACAGUUCAUGCACCUCGGGCGGAUGGAGGAGCUGAGGCGGAAUGUGUGGCUCCAGCAUGGCGUUCCGACGCUGUGUGCGCGGAGGUUGGAGCUGACGAGUGACGGUGGAGGAUGGUCUUGCCUGUGAGGGAGGCGCAACACUACAUCAGUAUAGUUUCAUUGUUAUGUCAUGUUUGCA